UCUUUAGGUAAGUAGUAGAAACUAGAAAAGAAGUUUAGGUUAGGAUGCAAAGUAAAGUAGUACAAGAAGCAGAACCUAAAACCCACUCACUACGUUGCCUGCUGCUAUCUAUCUAUCUAGUCACUGUCUACCCACCCACCCAACAAACCAAACAAACCAACCACCGCGAUCAAAUGUCCCAUAACUCACAUUAAAACCCACUCACUCUUCCCUAAACCAUAUUCCACAAAUUCAAUGGCCACCGAUUCACCAGAACUCACUCUUUCCCUUCCCACAAAGAAACCUCAACCCAUCCCAUGGACCCACCAAGAAACCAUUAACCUCAUUCGAGCUUAUCAAGAUAAAUGGUACUCUCUCAAAAGGGGUCCACUCCGCGGCAGUCAAUGGGAAGAAGUGGCUGUAGUCGUAGCCGCUCGUUGCGGCUACGAUUACAACCACCCUUCCAAAACCGCUCUUCAAUGUCGUCAUAAGAUGGAAAAGCUCCGUCAACGUCACCGAUCUGAAAAACGCCGCCUCACCGCUACUUCCUCUGUCGCCUCUUCUCGAUCCUGGCAGUAUUUUCGUCUCAUGGAUGAUCUUGAACGUGGUCCUUUACCUAUCUCCGUCAGACCUCUUUCUCACAACCACCCUAUCUCCGACGAUAGUGACGGCGCUGCUGCUAGGUCAAGGAGUAUUCAUAAUAUUCUUAACCAGAAACAACGUGAUGAAACUGAUGAGGAAGAGGAAGAUGUGAUGGCGAAGGGUUUGACAGCGGAGUUAAGAAGUUUUGCAGAGAGGAUUAUAGGGUUGGAAAAUAUGAAGAUGGAGAUGAUGAAGGAAACAGAGAGAUUUAGAUUGGAGAUGGAGAAUAAGAGGAUUCGUAUGAUACUUGAAUCUCAAUGGAGGAUUGUUGAUUCCAUUGGAAAGGCAUUUGGGUCUUCUUAGAUUUUAGAUUAUACCAUUAAUCAAUGUUUGUUUGUGUUAUUGCCCUUUGCCACUGUUUAGAAUACACAGCUUAUUUGUAGCUUAUAGAAGAACAAAAGCUUGUGUAUGUUAUUGUAAUCAUAGAUAGGGGUAAUUUGUUUAUUACUAACUAGUGUCAAUGUGAUUUUCAGGACUGUACUUGUUUUUUUUAUGAAUUUGCAAUUUACAACAACUUAGUUGAUUUAUUUUGUCA